AUGCUCGACCAAGCUGCUCUCAUGGCCUUGAGGAGUAAAAAAGAGAGUAAAACAACCACGCCAAGGGAACGAAUCACAUGUACGAUCGAUGGGCCUCGCCGCUCUGGACCGAUCCCAUCAAGGAUGAGCGGUGGUUUUCGUAACUAUCCUGAAAGAAGAAGAAGUGAUGGAGAGAAACCGUACGCAGCAGGAUCGAACAGGCAGUCGAUGAGGGAUAGACUUUCGUUUGGUGAUAGUCGUGGACGA